AUGUUCACAAUCACCGCAUCUUCUAACCCUAAUCCUAAAAAUCGCUUACAUAGCAGAUUUUACUGCCAUAUGACGAGCUCCGCCAAUGUCCAGCAGCGAGCGGUGCUACCGCCUCUCCCAGCCCCGCUACAAUUUGCUGCCGGAGGCAUAGCUGGGGUCACCGAAAUCCUGACGCGCUUCCAAUUGCAAGUGGGUAGCGGUGCAGCCGGACCCGAUUCUUACUCUUCGAUUCUGGGUACCUUUAAAAAAAUGAUUCGCAACGAAGGGUUCGGAUCUUUAUAUCGAGGAAUUCUCGCUCCUGUUCUUGUGGAAGCUCCAAAACGAGCAACUAAAUUCGGGGCCAAUGAGUUUUUUGGCAGGGCCUACAAGGAUGCCUUUGGAUGGGAAAAGUCUCGAAUGCUCUCUGUUGCUACUGGUGUUUCAUCGGGAAUUUUGGAGGCCACCAUGAUUGUCUCAUUUGAGCUUGUCAAGAUCCAGAUGCAAGACAAGUCCAAUGCCGGUCUAUAUCGCAACACCUUUGAUGUCGUUAUUGUUUUUGCGUUGAUGUUAAUAGGUGCACGUGGGUUCUUUCGAGGAAUUGAAGCGACAAUAUGGCGCCAUUCCGUUUGGAAUGGUGCUUAUUUUGGGAUGAUUACGACGCUCAAAAAUUCGAUGCCCGAAGCAAAGACCGAUCAGCAAGCGACAUUGAAUAGUUUGAUCGCAGGAACAAUUGGGGGCUUUAUUGCGACCACCAUCAACAUCCCAUUUGAUGUAAUAAAGUCGCGUAUACAGGCCCAAAAGCCUGGAGCUCUCGAUCCGAAGUAUUCAUGGACCCUUCCAGCAUUGCGGUCUGUUGCCGCGGAAGAGGGAAUCUCAGCCCUUUAUAAAGGCUACACUCCAAAGGUGUUGCGUCUUGGCCCCGGUGGUGGCAUUUUGCUUGUGGUCUACGACCAAGUCACGGCCUGGAUGCAAAGGAACCUUGUGGGACAAAAGGAAGAGUGA